UCGUGCUCACCUGCGCUUCUAACCGUCACUUCGCUAGGCGGUCGUCGCUUCUUACCAUCCUGUGGUUGCACCUCAAAGCUAAGCCUUGGAAGAUAAUCUGGCCAGUACGAGUGGAGAUUUCCACCAUGUUCAGAGGGCGGCUCCAAUCACUGCUCCGUAGCCCGAGCACCCCGGCGUGCGCAUACAAGCAGGAAGGCAGGAGCGUCGUCCUCCUCUCCCUCCGUUCCAAAAAGGUCGCACUGCUAGCACUCACGGCCUUCAGCGUGGUGGCCGCGCUCUCUUUCGUGCCCGAGCUGCAGUUCAGGGUCACGCAAGCCAACGACAAAGACAAACGCUUCGCCAUAUUCACCAAGAGCUGCAUGGUCCCUGACUACGGCCCUUGGCAUCCGUCAGUGUUGCCGUACGUCAGCACAACGCGUCCCAUCAGCUGUUCGAAAGACCCGCCAUACAGCUACACUGAUAUGACCAGGAUUUUCAUCAACACAUCGGCCAUGAGAAUGACGGCAAACAAGACAAAAGCGAAGCCACCAAUAAGAUGCUGCUAUCGCAUCGUGGAUCGGCCGUCCUCCGUUGACAACGACAGCAUCACCAUGCAAAAGGGUCCUUGCGUGCCCGUGAGAAAUGGUACGACCAUCCACGUCGAGUUCAUCCGGCUGACAUGCCUGGAUGCUAAGGGGGCGCUCGUCUACACUAACUACCAUGCGUUCGUGAUCCGCAAGCCCCGCGUCGAGAAGCGCUGCGCCCGAAGCCUGCGGCGCCAGCCGCGAGAUGGAACCAACAGCAGCGGCUUCGUUUCACCGGUGCCGAAGCGCGGCAAAUUCGCCUACAGCGUGCUCCUGCUGGGCGCUGACUCGCUCUCGCGCAACAACAUGAAGCGCUCGCACAGCAAAACGGUCAAGUACCUGGAGAAGCGGAUGCGUGCCGUUUGGUUGAACGGCAUGAACGCAUUGGGCGAGAACACCUUAGAGAACGUCGUGCCGCUGCUCACGGGGCAACACAUUGAGGAAGUCAGAAAAGAGUGCUGGAAUGACUUCUCUCAGUUCUGGGACAACUGCUCUUUCCUCUGGACGGAGUUCGCCAACGCUGGCUACCGCACCUUGUACGCCGAGGACAACACCGCGAUAUCGACGUUCAACUACCUGAAACCGGGAUUCAAGAAACAGCCCACGGACUACUACUUGAGGACGCUGCUCCUUCCCUUUGAAACAAAGCUGGGUAAUUAUAAGCUCCUCAACUGCUACCUAUGUGUGGGCCAGUCUCUGGUCGCUGAAGUGGUGUUGAACUUCACGCGCGACUUCGCCAUCACCUUCAAUGACGAGCCGUACUUCGCCUUCACCUGGAUCAACUCGCUCACGCACGACUACGCCUCGACACGCUGGGGUGGGGACGAGAUCUUCCACAAAUUCUUCGAGGCGAGUCCACCCUCACACACGAGCGUCUCUCGUACCUUCCACUCUAUAGCGACAUUACUUGUUCGACCACAUUUAAGUAUCUUUUGUUGUGCUGGAAACCCUAUUGAGAACGUUUGCGGGCGCGUGCAGUCGCUGUACGAGGGCGGCCACCUGAACAGAACCAUCGUGGUGUUCUUGAGCGACCACGGCAUGCGCUGGGGUAGCAUCCGUCGCACGUUCGCCGGCCUGCUCGAGGGGCGCAUGCCGGGCCACCUGUGGUACCUGCCGCGAAGCCUCACCCGUCACCACCCGCACCUCCUGCACGUGCUCAAGGAGAACGCGCACCGCCUGACCACGCCGCUCGACGUGCAUGCCACGCUGCGGAGCGUGCUGGAAGACUUCAAGCUCCUCGAUGCGCCCAGCACUGAGCCCUUCUUGCGGGAGACGCAGCGCAAGUACGACGGAAUUCGAAUGACGUCACUGUUCACCCCGGUUCGCAUGAACAGGACAUGCGACGACACCGGCAUGGAGAAACAGUGGUGCUCGUGUCUCCGCCGAACAUCCAUCUCAACGUCUUCGCGGCCAGUUCCUCAGGUGGCCGAAGCAGUUGUCCGCGAAAUCAACCGCAUACUGGAGCCGUACUCCCCACGAUGCGCUCGGCUUAGCCUCCUGCACGUUGACAGCGCCUACGCUCACGUCAUCGAAGACCCAAGGAACAGCGUCAGCUUUGCACCUUCAUGGACAGAGUGGCUCUUUUCUGGCGGUUGGGGUCACACCGACGUCCGGGAGCUCACCGUCACCCUCGUGACGGUUCCGGGCGAGGCCGUGUUCGAGGCGACGGCGCGCGUUUUCAACGGUGUUGUCACCGUCAUCGGGGAAGUGCUGCGCAUCUCCCUAUACGGCAACAGCUCGCAUUGCGUGCCCAACAUGCCGUACCGCAAGUUCUGCUACUGCUUGUGGCCCGCCUCCUCACCACCGUCGGAGUGAGCACCGAGCUUCUUGUCACAACCCGCCGCACGCCUGCCUGCGACGCCCAUCAACCAGGCUGAGAUUAACGUUCACAGGCCGAGACGGCAGUGCGCGAGCGGUUCCGCCUGACGCCCAAUAUGCUAAACCACGUGCGCUUGCGACUAUUGACUGCUAUUGUGGCAAGUGUCUUGUGUGCGAUUGAUGCGUCUUGCGAUUUUCCAAAAUUAAAUAUGCGUAACGUGCGAGGAUGUUACGUGCACCGAA